CACCAAUCCAUUGUUCAUGCGUUUUCUUACAAAUUCCAUUUGUGUUUUCGCUCUUCUUUUCUUGAUCUUCCCCUCACCUUCUGCUGCCAGACAUUACGUUUUAACUCGCAUCAUAUAUAAGUAGCUCACACCACACUUCCACUAGUGACCGACUUUUCAACCAUAUCCCAAUAUUACCUAUAGUCUAUGCGCGUACCCCUAAUGAUACUCAUGAUUACUUCCUAGGCAUUAUGAUGAUGCCCAUUACUCCCUUCAUUUAUCUUGUUCAGACCUGAUUGAAAUAGAUUUCUAAACAUUUAGUGUUUUCAUACUAGCUGCGUUAACCUAGUGACCUUUACUAUCAUCUAGCUAAAACUUACCACGAUUCAACUUGUACUUAACACCUGGUUUGUUGGUAAACUGAUUAUUUAUUUGUUUUAUUUAAACACAUAAACAUAGGUACAAGAAGGCACCAAAUAGAUAUCUGCCACAUAAAUCAUUCGAUUUGUGUGAGGGGUGAGAUACUGCCCGGGCGCAAAAACCGAGGCAGAUGAUCUUCUUGGAGGGCCACUUCCCGAGCCUCUGACCUAGAGGUCUAGUCUAUAAGGCAGUGGAGCAACGUCGAGAGAUGUAGUCCCAUGGUAGCCGUUGGUCAGCUAUAAGUUCAUACUCAAUUUUUCCCUCAGGAUCCUGGGACUCAUGUGCACUAUUGGUUUUGAAUCCUAGUUUCCCAAUUCCCAUAGAUAGAUCAUCCAUAUCCGUUAACCCGGUUAAAACGCCGGACAUUCGCUUUUCGUCCUCUAAAUUUUAUAAAUAACACCCCCACUGUGAGAAGAUAGUGAGCAGAACUUCCCUGACACUGGCUGUAUACGCGUUGCCAUGUGAGAGCAUUUCAAGAGAGGGUGGAAUCUCCUCACCCUCGACCGUACCAGGUCAUUUGGGGUUGAUUUUACUUUACAUUAUAUACGUGUGAUCAUCUCAUAGGCCUGCCGGACUGCAUCUACAAGUGAAGUUCAUGAAAAUUGUUGAUGUUUUUUGUUCAGGUUUUUUAAUGAAAAUAGCAGAUGUUGAACAGUGCGCUUUUAAUUCAUGGUACCACACUUUUGAAUCUUACACUCAAGAAAGUAUAUUUAUAAAUCUCCCAGAUGACCUCAUAGCUUCACUGACAAAUGACGAAUUCAUUCUCCCUAAAAGUGCAAAACCAACAAACGGACAUCUGUCGGACCUAGACAAUGAUGGCAUUUGGUCAGACUAUUCCGAUACCGAUGAAAAAAACUCAGAGUUAAUUAUCAGCACGACAAAAUUUGAAAAAUAUUGCGUUAAGAGACCAGAAUUUCCUCAGUUCGAAUCUCAGUUGAAAAGUAUCAUCCGGAAGUUAGGUGGUGUUGUAUUUCCGAAGUUAAAUUGGAGCGCCCCAUCUGAUGCAUCUUGGAUGUCUUGCGAUGGGUCACUGAAGUGCAAAACGUUUUCCGAUAUUUACCUACUCCUUAAAUCUUCAGAUUUCGCAGCACAUGACUUGACUGCUCCUUUCGCUCUGUGUACAGAUACUCCUGCAGAGAAAAAUUGCUGUCUUUUCAAUUCCAAACCAAUUCUUGUUCUACGAAGGUGGUAUGACUUUCGUCCUGAGGAAGAAUUCCGAUGUUUCAUUAAAUCAAAAGUCCUUAUUGCAAUUUCUCAACGGAAAUGUGAUGCCUAUUUCAAAAUAAUUGAAGAACAGAUAGAAAACAUUAAAUACGACCUUGUGGAAUUCUUUAAUCGAAAAAUAAGAAAUCGUUUCAAAUCAGAAAACUGUAAAUUUUAGUUUUUUUUCUAAAAAUAUUGUUUUAAUUCAUUUAUUAAUCUAGAUACAGUUGACUUAUACAGAGAAUCAUCGGUAAGUGAUUUCUUUUUAACUUAUGUAUAGGACGAUGGUAAAAUGCGUAUUCAAAUAAUUGAUUUCAAUGUAUUUGGUCCACCAACUGAAGCACUUUUAUUUCAGUGGUCAGAAUUGGAAAAUGAUGUACAUGAAAAUGUAAGUUUAAUUAACGCUUAUUUUAUAGUAUACUUCGGUUUAUAUGACAGCAUAGUUGUUCAAACGCUAGUUUUACGGUUAAGGCAUUCGAAUACCAACCAAUAGGUAGCAAGUCCAAGUCACACUCCACCUUUUUGAGUUCAGGCACCGAGGUAAUAUCACUAUCCCUCUCACAUAAAGUGCAGCUGAAGCCGGAUACACGAAUCUAUACUUGCUAAAUGAAUGACAUAUUAAAAUGAAAAGUUGCUGCCUAAGACUUUCAGUGGGAUUUGAAAUUCAACCCAUUUUAAAUUUAGCUUACUCUUACUUCAUCUCCCUUCCCAUCCACAACCAGUGCAAGUCCACUCAUUGUCAGACUGGAUAACACUCACUAACUAAGGCCUGAGAACCUUGUGUCGUUGGUGUAUCUUCUCUUUAAAACCCAUAAACAGAACCCAAGUGACCCUGACGAAAAGAUGUGGGCAAUUCGUGCGAUCCGUCUUUCGCCUACCAGGAGACUCGUCAAUGACGUUUGACGAUCUUCCAGGUGUAAAUAUAGCAUUAAGUAUGAAAACAACAGCCACUCCUAGAUUUAAUUCUAGUUGACAGUUUAUAUGUGUGCUGAUUAAAUAAAUGGGAAAGCAAGAACGUGAGAGAAUUUUUUUUCGUUUUAUUUAACACACAUAUAUACUAUUACAUUGGAGUGCCAAAGUAAGUAUGUUCCACGCACGGAAAUGCUUUGGUAUAACAAAAGGUACUAAUUAUAAACAGUAGUGAGCAUCAGUAGGUGUAGCACUAAACAGUUUAUUUUUCAAAAAAAGACAAUAUCAGAGUCAACUGUUAGUGGGACUAUCUAGAAAAGACGGUAUAGCAGUCCAAAAUAGGCGACUGGAAUGACAAGAGGGAAGCCUUAAGGUACCGCUCUACAACAACCCUCCAGUUGCCUGCUACUGACUACGAACCUGAAUAGAAGACCCAUUAGUCUCCCAACUCUAAAAAAUUUCAUGAGCGACAUAAGCAACCUAAGACGUUGGGUGGCACCAAAACCUGGUGGAUUAUUUCAGAUGUUCUUAAAGAUAUGUGUAUGAAACAAUCAUUGAGAUUGACUGAGAUACUAAGUAUAGUCUAGAUGCUUACAGUUAUCUCGUCAAACUAGUGAUCGUUGGCACUUUCGAUCCAUGAAAAAGGAUAGAAAUUUUGUUAUUAUCAUCAGAGAAUCCUGUUGAUUGAAAUUUCUUUUUUAAAUAAUGGCUGUCAUAAUUAUCCAGCACACACAGAAAGCGCGAUAGUAGUAAACCUGAAAACAUCAGGCAAAUUUUCGACUUAUCACAGCUUUUACAGAUGAAUAACGCUAGAGGCGCUAUCAACAAACCACCACAUUGAUGUGGAGUGCUACAUUUAAUGAAAAAUCACUUCAUCAUCAUCCGUAUUUUGUUGAUAGGAUGCUAUUCCGUUAUUUCGCUACCAAAGCGACCAAAAUAUCCGUCCAAAUUCAAUGAAUCAAUACAGCGUGCCAAUCGAUUUGAUCGAUAUUGCUUCAGGAUCUGAUCCCGUUAAGGUGAUGGACUUCAUUCAAGCUGUAAGUCCGGAAAUAUAGUUACUCAUCUAUUGUUUUUCAUAUCAACAGUACAAACGUAAAUCUGUGUUAUUGAUAGCGACAUCCCUCUCUAAAAGGUUAUGUUUCAUUGUCAAUGCAUUUCUAACAUUCCUUUCACUUACCAACAUUUUCACACUAGUUCCCGACGUCUUUAUAUUCUUAAAAGGUAUCGUGAUAUAACGAGUUUAAAGUUGUUUUACGUCCUUGAUCUGUCUAUCCAGUAAUAUACAGGAGAAAACUUGUCUCGACCUACGUUAAGACCUUAACACGAUAGCUUAACUGUUUUAACCUUGAGGCUAGAAAUGAGUGAGUCUGAAUUAACACUAAAGGCCUUUAGCAGAAAGAGGAAGACUAUCCUAUCACCUGGUUGGUUGGCUUCAAUUUUUCCGGAUCAGGGCGUGUUUCGUGGCGAACAAGUAGUAAUCUCCUCAUAGUCAUACCUUUUUAACGAAAAGUUAUUACGUUUAACCACUAUGUAGUAAAUAUGAUGCAUUAUAUACGCGGUGUUGUUAUAUGGAUUUUAUUUGGAAACUUUGUGGUUACUACCUUUUAUCAGUUUUUGUGAACAAGUAGUGUUACGCGUGAGGUUGUUCACCACUAACUACUUGUGAACAAAUGAUCCGAAGUACGAAAGUCAUAUUUAUGGUAUAGUGUCAACUAUAUGAAGUUACUUAAUAGUAAUCACAUCCUUUUUCCCUUCAUUUGAAAGAACCAAGUUGACAAUAUACCUAUAACGAAUUAGGACUGUAUCGUAUGAUAUGCGAAGUAACCGAAUAGUCCAAAGUUGUAAUGACAAUGUUCUCAUUCUAACAACAAAUUGAUAAUAAACUUUUUGUGGAAAUGUCUUUCAAAGGAUAUUUACCUUAUUAUACACUAAAAUGCUAUAACCUUUUGUUACCCGUUUUGUUUUUUGUCUCAUUCCAGAGAGUCGAAAGUCAGAAACAGUCGUAAAAUUGUAUUUUCUAUAUAUCUGUUAUUUUUCAAUAUUUCGAAUAAAAAAUACAUCAAGCUGGUAA